CCGCGCACGGAGCCGAGCGGAGCGGAGCGGGACGGUCGGAUCCGCCGCCGCAGGGGUGCCUGCGCCACGUCCCCUCGCUCCGGCAGCCGCAGCAGUGCCUGGAUCUCGCUCCCGGUCCGGCCGUGCCGGGGGAAGGCUGGCUUUUACGACCUGUGGUGGGACUAGCAUGGGAAAAGCCUUCCCCGGGCAUGGGCAGUGCUAAGGAGCCUGAGGGGCUGCAGCUGCUGAGCCGCCAGGCCAGGGCUGAGGACGCCUUCGAGCCCGGCGCCAGCUCUCCUGGCUGCCUCCCGGCUGGCGAGUGCCUGCCUGGCUCUGGCUGUGCUGCGGGGGACCGUGCCAUGAGGACCUGCUGCGUGGCUGAGCCGGAGACCCAGGGCACUACAGCCAGCCCAGCGGCAGAGAAGAAGGUGCCGUCGUCAACGGGACCGGCUCCCGGCACGCUUCUCCCAGACGCCGGCACGGAGCCGAGCUUGGUGGCAGCGACAGGGAGCUGCGGGGGACCGAGUGGCGCUGCCCCUGCCUGUGGUCCUGUGGGGAUGGGGGUCCCUGGUGCCCAGAAGGAGAACACGGCCCCCGUGCCCCCUCUGCGCGAGCCCUGCCUCAAGGCGCCCAGCAAGGACGUGGGGAGUGCGCCAGCUCCUGCCAAACACGUGGUGUUCGUGGAGCCCGCUGUGGGUGCCGGAACAGCUGAGCUGCCAAACCAGGAACAGCCCCAGGGUGGUACAGGGAUGCCCCUGGGUGCUGCACCCCAGCCAAAGGGUGGUGAGACUCCCAAGCACCCCGAGGGGGACACGGCGGACCCCCCUGGCACCGGCACUGUGGGGAGUGGGGGCCAAAGAGAGACAGGGCCGAGCUCUGCCACCCUGAUCCAGGGCAGAGCCGAGAGGAGCCCAACCCAGGGUGCGGAUGCUGGGAGCAGCCAGCAGCCCCGGACAGCCAAGCUGCUCUGCGAGUCCUACUCCUUCGAGGUGACCCCACCGCAGGACGCCGGGACGCAGGACACAGGGACGCAAGUGGACAGCCGAGCAUCCCUGGUGUCGGUGGCCUUGAGCCCCAUGAGCCCCCCAGGUGGGGCUGCUGCCUUCACCUUCCCCAAGAGAGAGGCAGGCUCUGCUGCCCUCCCGCGCCCGGAGCCCUCCAAGAAGGACGCGGAGAUGCAGGUGUCCAUGCCCGUGGAGACCCGCUCGGUGGCCACUGGGCCCAUGACGCCGGUGGCCAAGUCGCCGCAGGCCUCGUACCCCGAGGUGCACGUGAAGGGGACGGUGGUGGAGGAGGCUCCGGAGCCCAUCCGGGAGGUGAGCUGGGACGAGAAGGGGAUGACAUGGGAGGUGUACGGGGCCUCCAUGGAGGUGGAGGUGCUGGGCAUGGCCAUCCAGAAGCACCUGGAGAAGCAGAUCGAGGAGCACGGGAGGCAGGUGGUGAUGACCCCCCAGAGCACCCGCGCCGGCUCCAUCAAGGGAGCCCCCCGCAAAGGCGAGGCCAAGAGGCAGCCCAGCAUCUUUCGGGCUCUGCUGCAGAACGUCCGGCGGCCCCGGUGCUGCUCCCGCGCUGGCCCCGCCAUGGAGUGAGCUGCUGCCUGCGCCGGCGGGGCGGGGGUGCCGCGGGGCUUUUUGGGGGAAGUGGGGAGGGGUCCUGAGACGCCCGCUGCCAGUGUGUGGGGCUCCUGGGGCUGGGGGCAGGCGGUGAUGGAGCCCUGCAUGCUGGGGCAAGGCAUCUCCUUCGCUGGGGUCCCCCCCACCAGCCUGGGGUCCCCCCCCACCAGCCUAGCCCCAUGGAGGUGUCCUGGGACAUGAGGCUUGUGCCCCGUCUCUGUGCUUGGUGGCUUUUUUCAGCGUGAGAAAGCACAUGGAUCCUUCUGGGCUGCCUCCAGGUGUCUCCUGCCUGUGGCACAGGUCUGGAGAUGGCUCAGGGUGGGCACGGGCAGGUCACUGCUGGCUCCCCCAAGCUCUGGCCACGCUUGCACCCCAGGCAGCAGCGUCUCUCCCCGUUCUGGAGAGACGCUGGUGCAUUGCUGUGCCACUGCUUCCCUUGCUCAGGGCUCGGCCGUGCUCCAUCCAGCCCACGGCCGUGCCCGUGUGGGUCCCUGCGGCUGCACAGGGCAGGGGUGUUCAGCCCAGCGCGUCACAGCCCCGUCCUCUCCGCUCCGCUGCUGUGCCACGGGUGCCCUGGAGCUGGGAGGACCUGGCCACAUGCCGCACCAGUACAGAUCUCAAGUGGGAGAGACUGGAGAGCUGCUCAUCCCCAUCACUGUGGCUGGAGGCACUUGGGGAGUCUGUCCCCACAGCCCCCAGCUCACCCUGCCUGGGAGCAGGCCAUCAGAGCCCAGGGCACGUCCUCGCCCUGGCUGGCGGUGGGGGAUGAGACCUGCCCUGCUAUCGGGCCUGGCCAGCCACCCCAGUGCCGGAGAGGCCCCACGUGCCGGGGACGUGGGCACGUGUCCCUGCGCGGGUCCCUCCGGCCCUGCUGGCUGCUCUCCUCUGAUGACAGUCGGGGAUGUGAUGGCUGCAAAGUGCUGCCACUUUUUACAGCUGGGGUUUUACAGGGCAGGGGGGAGGGGGGCUUUUAUUGAACCGUGUUUGCAUUUUUGGAGCUUUUUAAGAGACACUUUCAGCCGUGUGUGUCCUGCCUGGAGCCACCUCCUCCCUGGUGGCCCACGGGGCCACGACCCUCUUUUCAAAUACUUUUCCUACGUUGCCUGUGCCCCGCUGGGCUGAAGAACGUUGGGAGCGAAGGGUCGGUGUACAGGGGGGUGAGCAUCCCCGUGGCUGGGGGGAGCGUCCCUGCGGCCGGCAGCACCGCGGCAUCCUGCCAAGACGUGGGUCCUGGCCCCUUCAGCUUGGCCCCAUGCAGAGGACCAGCCCCGCAGUGACGCAGCAAGGGCGGGGGGCCCAGGCCUGUGCCCAGCACCUGAUGGGCAGGAGGCUGCAAAUGGGGCUGCUUGGGGAGCCACACCAUCCCCUCUGGGCAGAAAUGCAGGAGGGCUUGUGUUAGCGGCACCAGUGCAGCUGCUUCCCCUCUUUAAGUGGCAAGUCUUGCCUCCCCCCACGUCCCCAAACUCUGGUUGUACAUCCUGGGCUUGUUUUGGCCCCCUGGGGCUGUCUUACAGAGAGGUGGGGAGCUGUGAAGGGCUCGCUGAAGCACCAGCUGGCAGCCAGGGCCGUGGCCAGUGCCUGCUCUGUGCUGCUGCGCUCACCAGGAGCCGGCUCUGCUCUGUGCCUUGGGCUACGGGAGCGGUGCUACGGCCGCUCGGGGGGAAGACCAGGAGCCCUGGGGCAUCCCCCUGCCACCCUACCCCGGGCUGUCCCCCACCUCCGGCCCCACCCUGCUGAGCUGCUGCACACAGGCGCUGCGGCUUCAUCUCCUACUUUCUUCUUUUUUUCCUCUUCGUUUCUUUUUUUUGGGGUGGGGGGGAGGAAGGGGGCGGGAGGACCAACCUGUCAACGUGGAUGUUGGGUAAUAAAACCUUGCACAAAACUC